CGCGGGGUCUCCUUCGGACUCUGCUGGUUUGGUCGCCACGGUGCGAGUGUCGAAGCCUAUCUGGCCAUGGAGGCUGCCGGAACCUUCUGCGAGUCCCGCAUCACUAGCGGUGGCAGCCUGUGCUACGCCGCGCCUGUCGCCGCCGAGGUGGCCGCGCUCAGCCGCCUGUCGGAGCACCUCGGAUCCCUCCUCCGCACCCCGGGCCUGGCCUUCUGCUCCGACGCCCGCAUCACCGUCCGAUCCGCGGGCGGCGAUCCCCCGCACGAGGUUCCUGUCCACCGCUGCGUGCUGUCCGCGCGGAGCCCCUUCUUCCGCGACAAGUUCGCGGCGGGGGCGGUAGCGCUCGAACUCGGAGAGGUGGUGGCCGGAUUUGAGGUCGGGUGCGAGGCGCUGGAGGUGGUGCUCCAGUACGUCUACACCGGUCGGCUGGAAGAGCUGCCCAGGGGCGUGGCGGAGUGCGUCGACGAGACCUGCCGCCGCCAUGAAGCCUGCUGGCCCGCCGUCCAUUUCAUGCUUCGGGUGCUCCAUGCUGCCUCCACCUUCGAAAUCAACGAGCUCGUCAGUCUGUUUCAGCGGCGGCUCCUUGACAUUCUUGAGAAGGUAGCAAUGAACGAAGUUCUAUCGAUCCUAUUUGUUGCAAAUCUGAACUAUAAGCUUUGUCAGAGAUUAUUUAUGAAGGCCAUUGAUAUGGUUGUCAACUCGGAUAUUAGUUAUAUAACCCUUCAAAAAAAGUUGCCUUCAAAUGUUGUCAAGCAAAUUAAGCAGUCUCGCUCAAAUUUGGGAUUGGAUGGACAAGAAAACUUCAAAUUUCCUGAUAAGCAUGUGAAGAGCAUAUAUGGUGCUCUUGAUUCAGAUGAUAUCGAAUUAGUCAAGUUGCUUUUGGAGGAGGGACAUACUACUCUGAACGAUGCAAAGGGUCUACAUUAUGCAGUGGCUUCCUGUGAUUCAAAAAUUACAAAGGAGCUUCUGGAUCUCGGGCUCGCAGAUGUUAACAGCAGAGACCACCAAAAUUACACCGUGCUCCAUGUUGCUGCAAUGCGUAAAGACCCUGAAAUCAUAAUGUCUUUGCUGACAAUGGAAGCUCGACCACUUGAAAUCACAUCAGAUGGACGAACAGCACUUCAAAUCUCCAAGAGGCUUACCAGAUCUACAGACUAUUAUAGGUCAACUGAACAAGGUAAACCUUCCCCAAGGGAACGAUUGUGUAUUGAGAUGUUACAGCGGGCUGAAAUGAUAGAGACAUUCACAGAAGUAACUUCAGUACCAGUUGAGAUGACCAGUGAUAACUUGCAUGAGAAAUUAUUGUAUCUUGAGAGCAGAGUUUGGUUAGCAGAGCGCUUAUUUCCAACAGAAGCAAAAGCUGCCAUGAACAAUGCUAAUGUGGAUGGUACACUAAAAGUUCACUCAAGUUGCUUGACGCACCUCUGUGCUGGGAACAAGAGGUCUGCUGAGGAUGUUGUAAAAGCAUCUUUUAGAAUGACAGAAGAGAACUUAUCCCGGAUGGAGGCUCUAACUAAGACAGUGCAACUCGGAAUGCAUUUCUUCCCACGGUGUUCCAAGGUAAUCGAUAAGAUUCUGGGAGAUGAUCUGUCCGAGCUAUCUAUAGUCGAGCACAUCAACACCGAAGAGCGAAAGAACAGAUACACUGAGAUUUUGGAAGAGAUAAACAAUGCGUUUACCCAAGAUAAAACCGCGUUUGACAGAUCUGUCUCCUGCUCAACUUCAUCUUCUAAAUCUGCACGAGCAGUUAGGAGCAAGGCUGCCAGAAAAUGACAUGGGACAUAUUUUUCUCCUCAUAUCAGCAGAAACAUUUCAAUUCAUCAGAAGCUGAACAUGCUUGGAUGCACUGAACUUGUACAAGAAUGGAUAACACAGUCCACGCACAUGAUCGUGUGGGAUGGAUGGACUUGAAUUCUGCACACCAGCGGAAUCGCUAGAGUGAGGAGUAUCUUGGUCAUUGCCCAAGUACUUGGAUAUGUAAUUCCAAUCUUUUGUAUCAUAACUCGAAGGAGACAGUGGAGCUUGCCUCUUCAAAUGCUUAAGCCAAUCAACACACCAUAACUCCAUCAUCGAACAGCUACACCAAUAAUAUCAAUGUGGAAAUUCUUCAGGCAGCAGCAUGAGCCGAGGAUGAUUUCUCUCUAGCAGUAACUCUUAACAAAGUCCAUCGUGUCAUAUGCUGUAAAAUCUGUGAUGGAAUAAUUGUGAUGAGAUGAGGUUAAUUUUGCUAGUUUUAUCGUAAAAAGUAACAUGAAAAAUGUGAUUAUUGUAAAUGUAAUCUAGCAUUUUGUUAAAAUCACAUUUAAUUACCA